AUGGACACCAAUGUUGCUAAGGUCGUCUUCUUUGGGGCCAACGAUGCUUCUCUGCCCCAUGCCCCCAAUAAGCAGCACAUACCGCUAGAUGAGUACAAGAGCAACAUCGAGAAAAUCAUCACUCAUACCCAGGUCGCGGCGCACGACCCUCGGAUUAUUCUGGUAUCUCCGCCACCGAUCAAUGAGCAUCUGACGUGGGCAAGAGAUCAAUUCGUUGGAUAUCCGAGCCCUGCUCGUGUGGCCAGCACAACCAAGGAAUAUGCCGACGGUGUAUGCGAAGUUGGCGCAAGACUCGGUGUCCCUGUGGUGAAUCUAUGGGAAAAGUUCAUGGAAAAGGCCGACUUCCAGCUGGAUGCAUGGAAGCUUGGAGACCCACUAGCCGGGUCGCUGGGUGUUCCGCCAAACGAUGCCCUGGUAGAACUCAUGUACGAUGGUUACGAGAUCUUGUUCCAGGAGUUGAUGAAAGUGGUCGGCGAGCGGUGGCCUGAUCAGUCGCCAGACAAGCUGCCCAUGGUAUUACCUCCAUGGAAUGAUGCGGAAGCCUGGACGGCAUGGGAGAAGCAGUACGCGAACGCGCAGUGA